AUGGCUAUUUCGCCUAAUAGGCCCCAACCUUGCUAUUGUCAUGAAUUGCAAAACCCACCCAUUCGCUCAGGGAGUAGACCAUCUCCCCUUGAAAACAACAAUAAGAAGGACUCUUUAACUUCCCACAAGCACUCCCUAUCCUCUUCCUCUUCGAACAAGACACAAUCCUUUCAGACAUCUUCGUCUGCCAGCACGAAAGAGACCUUUCGAAACCUCACCAGGGAGAUCCUGAAUUCAGAACUGUUCCUACGAUCUGAUAGCAAGAUUGUCCAGUCUGAAGAAGCCGAACCAGUCAAGUUCAAUCCAAUGAGUGUAACAAGCUUAGAAACAAGCUUAGAGGUUCCUAUCAUUCUCAGCGAGGAGCAAACCUCUUAUACGAACAUGGCCGACGGAAAUCCGUUCUACGGCGAGCAUCAAUAUCUCUGGAAUAUGUCUCCUGAGAUGGAGAUGCAGCAAUCGUCUCCAAGCCAGUCGCCUUCUCCCAAGACAUCCUCAUACCAGUCGGAAAGCGUUAUGCCACUCUUUUCCGGAAGGCACAUACCGCACUCGGUAUCCGAGAAAUACAUUGUUGAUCGCCCUCAACCACUUCGUGUCCGCUUCAAGAAUCCAGACUAUGCUACUCCAUCCUACGGACGGGGAGAGAAAAGCCCCAUCCGCGAAUAUGAGGUCCCUGUUCGUGGACGCUCUCGAGAGAGAUUCAAUGAUGACUACGAUGACAUUGAUUUCGAUCUUGACAGCCCUCCGAGACGCUCGAGGUCUCCUCACAAGAAACUCUUCGGAGAAAAUGGAUGGCUCGGGCGCAGUGCCAGUAUGAAGGACAACGAAAAAUAUCGGAAGACCCCUUUCAAAAGCUUGGGAGAGAAGAUCAAGCAGCAUGUGGAAGGACUUGCUGGAGACGUUGCCAAAGCCUACACAACUCAGUUCAGUCAUCCAAAGAUUGUUACAGAUGGCCGCUUGCCGAUUUCUCUGGACCCUCCUACUCAAGCCAAGCUGUAUUCUGAAAUAGAGGCCAUGAUCUGCGUGAGCGCCAAUAAGUUCCUUCUUCAACAGUACAAAGAAGGACGUCUGUCGGUAGAGUCUAUCAACAAGGCCACCAACUUCUGGGCCUCGAAGAAUAGACCUCAAGUCCCCGAGUUUCAGUUCGAUCAAGCUACCCAACGCGACCUGGUCCUCCACAAUAUCCGCACACUGGACUUCAACGGGGAGUAUUCCACCAACCCCGUCGCUUUGAACUCAACUCUGCACAAUUGGAAGGCUGUGGCUAAGGAAAUGAGCGUUCGUACUUUCUGCAACCGUGACAGCGUGAUUCGCAAACAUAUGCACGACACUUACAAAAUCCUGGAAAUGCUUGGAGCGCCUCUUGCAACCUUCCUUGCUUUCCAAGAGCUUCAGAUGAAAGCUUUAGCAAUGAUGAAGGAACAUACUAAAAAGACGUAUCAUCCUCGCAACUCCAACGGACACAGCCGCUCUUCGUCGGAGAAGCACAGCUCCAACAACUCCUACUAAAG